AUAUGUCAAAAUGUCAGUGUCAAAACGUGAUAGGUACAUGUGUGGAAUGUUGACAAAUUGAUAUAAAUCUUCAUAUUUGAAACACGAGAAAAAAAGAUUUUAUUCAAAUAAUUAUACGUAUGUUAGUUGAAUUCAAUAUCAAAUAUUUAAAUCUGCAUUUAUAUUUCUGUCAAGUUUCUUUCAGAAAGUAUGUUUUGCGAAUCACAACAUAACCUAUUUGUGCACUAAUAAAUCCGAAAAAUAAGUUAAUAUGGAAGUCGGAGCGGUAAAACAAGCCUUUAAUAAUGAGGUUAUACUAUUGAAAAAGAAGUUAAACCAAGCUAAAAUUCAGAUCAUACAUAAAUUGACUAGAAAAGCAAAACAACUGACGGAAAAGAAGGCUCCGGAACAAUUGAAAGAGAAGCUUAAAAGAAAAGCGGAGUCUGCUGUGAAAGAAGUUUUGAUUAUAAAGAAAAUCAAAGCAAAGGACAUCGCAAAAUUCAUAGUAACACAUAAAGGAGAAUUGAACAGCUUCUUAAACAAACCUCAAGUGGACAAUGAUAAAGCAUGUGCCAGAUUACUGCUGCAUAAGGCAUUACAAGACAAAUACAAGUUUAUAAGAGGUAGGUUCUCAAAUGUUCCUAUUAAAGACCUAUUUAUGUCUAGAAUAGAAAGAAGAAAGCUUAAGAAGGAAGCAAAGGAAAAACAAAAGAACAAAAAGAAGGGGAAAGAUAACAAAGUUGUCAAUUCAGAAGGUGAUUGGAAUGUGGAAGAUGUUGGAAUGGAUGGUAAUGGUAAAUUGGGUGAUGAUGAUGGUGACGUGACUGAUGAUGAUAAUCAGAUGUCGGGAGAUGGUGAAGUGUCUGGUAAUGAUGAAGAGUCGGGUGACGAUGGAGAGUCUGGUGACGAUGGAGAGUCGGGUGACGAUGGAGCAUCCAGUGAUGAAGGAACCUCCGGUGAUGAAAGUGAACCUGCUGAUGAAGCAGAUUCAUCUGAUGACGAUGACAAAAUAGUAGAACCACAACAGAAGGGUGAGUCUCCUGAUGAAGACAGUGGCAGUGGUGAGAAAUAUAUGAUAAUUAUUAAACCUAGUCCAAAAGUCAAAGCGGCCAUAAAAGAGGUUAGAACUAAAGACUCGGAGAUUAAGAAAAUAGAUACUCCUAAAGAAGAAGCUAAAAUUAUUCCUCCUAAAAAAGUUGUAAAGAAAACCCCAGAGAAGAAAUUAAAGGACCUGAAUAAAAGUACGAAAUUCAAUGAAAAAAUAAACCAGAAGAAACUAAGAAAUGCAGAUGGUCCUGCAAUACAAAAUAAGAUUGUUGAUCCAUUCUUUAUAACUUCGACUGGAGAAAAUUACAUGUCUGUAGUCGAACCUCGUGCACCAGAUGAAAUCAAAGAUGAACAUAUGCAAGGUAAUAGAAGACUUCGAAGAGCAGUCAUGUUUGGACAUGUCCCUAAAAGCAAACUCCGACAGAAUAACAAUUACAAUGACAACAGAUUCAAUAAACAAAACAAAUUUGGUGGGCCUAACAAUUUCAAGUCAAAUUUCAAUGAUAAACCUCAGUAUAAUGAUAGGAAGACUUUCAAUAACGAUUUUAAUAAUAAAAGAGGUUUUAAUAACAGAAAUGAUAGAAGUACUGUUGAAGAAAAACCAGAAAAAUUGCAUCCAUCUUGGGAGGCUAAGAAGAAGAAGUCUGGUAUUUUACCAUUUGAAGGUAAAAAGAUUGUGUUUGAUGAUAGUUAAGUAAAACAUUAUUUUAUUAA